AUGGAUAUGCAGGAAGAGGCCGUCGAUACGACGCACAUUGAAUUUGGACCGCAGCUACCAGAUAAGACGUCGAUUUCGUCGUUUACGACAGCGGAACAAGCUCAGGUCGCCUACGCAUUGGUUGUCCCGGAAGAACGCGCGGUAGCAUCCGGUUUUUGGUCGGAAUUCUCGCAUAAAUGGAUGCUUUGGGGCUUGAAGGUGUGUAUGCUCAUUUUUUUGGCUUCUGGAGGGUAUAUCGUGCCGCGGGAGUUCCAGAUGAAGGCAACGAUGGCUCUGUGCUCAGGAUUUGACGCGCUCAUCGACGUUGGGACUGGAUACGGCAAAACCUUCUGCAUGAUACUCCCAGCAUUGCUUUUCAAUGGCAUGAUCACUCUGGUCGUCUCUCCUUCGCUCCUGUCAUUCGUCUCAGAUCCAGACUCCACCCCAGCUUCAACUCGGGCUUCAACCCCUUCAGCAUCAAGUUCAGCAGCCCGGCCCCGUCUGUUACGUGUUGAAAUCGCGGGUGUCGCAGCAGAAAGAUGUCGUUCUAGAUAUCCUAAGACUUAA